UGUAUAUUUAACUAGAUGACGAUUUCCCCUCAAAGGUUAAAGUGUACAGAAGAUUUCAAAAUGGCUGCGCUCACGUCCUUGCUUCUUAAAUCCAGACCAGGCACACUGCUGCCCUGCCAGCCCUUCUGGGUGGUGUCCUGGAGGGAUGCAUCCAAAAAGUCUGGGGGGUCUUCUAAGAACCUUGGAGGAAGGAGUCCUGGGCGCAGAUAUGGGAUAAAGCAUUUAGAUGGAAAUUUUGUCCAUGCUGGUAACAUCUUAGCCACGCAAGGACAAUUGCGCUGGCGUCCAGGAGCACAUGUUGGAAUUGGUACCAAUAGGACCCUGUACGCUCUUGAAGAUGGCAUUGUCAGGUUCACCAAGGAAGUCUACAUACCACCUCCGCGCACCCCGGAAGCAUUGUCGGUGAUGAAGCUCCCAAGGGGAGCAGUGCUCUAUAAGACUUUCAUCAAUGUUGUCCCAACCAAGCAAGAAGGGGUUUUCAAACUUAUCGACAUGGUAUGAGCCUUGCCUGAACUCCAUCUCCACCAUGCCUCUGACUGGAGGUGCCAGCGUUUCAUCUCAAGAACAUGAGUCAAUGGCCAUUUUUUCCAUUCUUUCAGUGUCACAAAUUUGUCUUGGAUCCUUGGUUUCAUUUUAUUCAAUGUCAUGUUAUAGCGGUAAAUGUUUAUGCUCUAUUUGUAAAUAAAACAAAUUCCUUUACAUACAGUU